AUGAACCUAGAAUCGUUGCUGUCCAAGUACUGGAACUACAAGCGUCUGGCUCGCCUACUACUUCCACCCGUAGAUUGUUACAGGUUUUUGUCCAAGUUCGUUGGUCUGUCGCUGCUCAUGCUGAGCUUCACCGCUCUGAAUUGUUACUACGUCCACGUAACGGACGUCGCGCGCCUCACUCGCGGCUUCAGCUGGUGCCUCAGCAACUGGACAAUGCUGAUGAAGGUGAUCCUCUUCGUCGUGCACAGAGAUCGACUCUUGGCCAUCAACGAGUCCCUUGACCAAACCCUCGACGGAGAACCCAAGAGCCUGCUCGAGUCUCUGCUGCUCCAACGCUUGUCCGUCUAUUACACGAUGAUCAUCGCUCUGGCAAUGGCUUGUUCGCUGUUCGCCUUCAUGAUCACCGAGAGAAAGUUCCUGCUCGUGUACCCGUUUGGCCUCUUAUACUACCUCAUCUACGGCUACGAGGCCCUGCUGGCUGGGCUCUUGUUCCGCGUGAGCUGCGGCACCGACGCCGCCUUUGGCCUCUGGGUCUUUCAGCUGUCGGCCCAACUGCGGCUCUUGGCUCUCUGGUUCGGCAAAUUCGCCCUCGACAUACGCCAAUGGAAGCACGAGACGCUGAUUCGUUGUCACGACCAUCCGCAGCGCGUUUUCAGCCUCAUAGUCAUUUGGCUCUACGUCACGAUAGCGCUCGUACUCUGCGAGUGCCUUCACAAGUUGUCCAAGAUGCCCGUGAGAUGUUCCUUCUGGCAGUCGGUGGUGCUUUGGACCUUCGCCACCAAGUUCCUGCAAGCCUUCACGUGCGCCUACUGCGGGAGCCUCGUGGAGAGCGAGGUACGUUGUUGCCAUGUAUUUUUCCGCGUCUUGGCAUUAUUUGAGGUCGAGCUGAAAAUUUUCAGAGCGAAAAGGUACGGCGCGCGAUUUACGAUUGCCAGUGGCACGACUCGGGGGGACAGGCGGAUCAUGAGCGACGUGCUCUCCUUGCUGGUGCAGAGACCGAUCGACCUGAGCUCUUACAACAAUAAUAUACUUUUUGCUUUCCAUGCACAUAUUGAGUUAGGAAUAAUAAUGGUUUUCCGACCUGCUGGUAUAUUCGAUUAUAAACGCGCCUCCGCAAAAGCUCUCGACCCGACACUCUUGAACUGUUAA